UAAACACCGCAGGGACAUAUGGAGGAAAAGGUCUCUGUCCCACGGCGACCUCCACUUCGAAGGGGAAGAAAUUCUGUUAUUGAUUACACAGCGAGCUUCACUUCAGGCUGUACGUGUGGGCGCGCGCGUCGCAGCGGUGGAGGGGAUCACAAUGGGUUCUGUCGUGCGCAAGAUAAACCGGAGAGUCGUUCUGUGUGCCUGCCUGCUCAUAUCAGCUGUGUGGUGUGUGCCGAAUGUACGAUAAUAACACUAGUUGUGUUUCCUAAUUGCAGGCUGCUCGCACCACGUGUGGCCUGAUCUGCCCAGCAGUUCAGAUGAUGUAUGGGCUGUAUUCCAUACAGACCUAAGCGCGAUUCCUGUAACACAGUUCGUGCCUAGACUGAAGGAACACAUACAAACGACAUGUGAAUGAAGAUAACACGUAAUAGUACACAUAAGUUUUUUAAUACAAUUCAUAAUAAUUGCUGUAGAAACGUUUGUUGUAAUUUAGUAGAAUCGUGGGGACAAAUGUUUGUCAUGGAUAUAAAACGCUAAUUUGUAACCAAAGGAGAGUGAAGUGUUUUGAUGCUGAAGCUAAAUUACUUCUGGAGGAAUCGUAUUUAGAAAAUUACGUAAGUGUUUUUUUAUUUUUGAGUCAUCUAGCUUGUUCAAAUCAGAAUGUUCAUAAAGUAAGGAACAUUACAAGAAAGGAAGAUAACAGUAGUUUGAAGAAUUCGUUACCCAAAAAGUGUUGAAAACUCUUGUACAAGAACCUCCUAACGCAGGGACAAUGUACAAAACAGUGAGACAUGGUGAGAACUCUCUUCAGUAUACAAUUCUUCCUCAGCAAGACGACGCUGCAGCCGUCACGGCAGCCAACAUCAGCAUCUAUGGGCGCUCUAGCGCUGGUGUGCGUAGGAGAGCCAGACGCGGACGCAAGGCCACAAUCCUCAUCAUGGCACUGAUCCUUGCAUGUGGCGUCGUUGGGGCAGCCGUCGUAGUACCCCUACUUGUUUCCCCAGACCUUGUCGCCAUUCCAUCGGCCUUCCAGCGUUUCAGCAGCCAUAAGAAUGGUCACCAUCACGCUGGUCACCACAGUCACCAUUCUGCAUCGCUGCAGAAGAACAUGACUUCCUCUACACAUCAGAACACAACACUGUGGAGUGUUGAGCCGGAACUGGCUACGUCCGAAAACAUAACGACACCUUCCACCCACAAGUUAGAUCCAACUUCUACUAGUGUCAGUCCACCUUUAUUGUCUGAGGAGGUUACCGUGACAACAAAGAGACCCGUGCAAGUGACCCUAUCGCUGAUUAUGGAAGAACUAACGACCAAAGCUACUACUCAGCAACAGGCUCCUGUGGAGGUCGGAGGACUUCUGGAGGAAGAUGGAGGUGCCAAAGAGCAUGACCAUGUCGGCGGCAGCAAGAAGAAGGCACUCGACGAAGACAUGAGGAACAGCACAACCAGGAUCCUCGUGUCUGCUACUACGGUCAAAGACAACAAGAGCGUGUCGGUGCUGGAAGUGACAACAGCGGCUGAUCAGGACGUCGGCAGGUCAACGGAGCGCACAAAACAUAGGUCUUGGCUGGAGCCACGCUGGCCCUUUGCUGACCCUUCGUCGUACUUCCAGUGGACAGGGUACAACGGCCGAGACAGCCUGCUGCUGCCUGUCAUACUGGGCGGAGCCUUGCUGGUCCUUCUGCUGGCUGUCUGCAUUUGCUACUCGCUGCGACGACGAAGGCAGAAGAUGCUACGUCGGCAGACCAUUGGGAAAAUCUCAUCAGAUCUACAAUGCGGGGAUAAGACAACACUACUACCCGACGGCUCAGAGGAAGAGUAAGCGCACACCGACUGGGAGCCACAUGACUAUACAACUCGCCUUUUAACCGUAGUCGGAUGCAAGUAUUUCGACAGCAUGUUCACACCACUAAGCACACUUCCCGUCACUGACUCUUCAUAAACCUGUGCAUGAGUGGUGAGCCACUCUUUUUACGCCAAUCCCACAUCCCCACAUCGCCAGUAAAAUUAUACCAAUGCCAUCUGUAUUGUAUCCAGUAAACAUAUGUGGAAAAACAAAAUUUUGCUGUUCGUUGGUACCCAGUAGUCAUUCUGAUAUUGAAGUGUAUUUGAUAAGAUAUGUGAAAAGUUUACCGUCGUCUCUGAGCAGUAAAAUGUAACUAACUACUCAUGGCUUCUGUACAACAUGUUUCCAUUGAAUUACAGUAACAAAGAAGGGAAGUCUUCAUAUCUUUAUGCAGGUUGAAAACAAAUCUGUCUCUAUUCCUGGGUGAUAACAUGGUGUUCUAUUCUCUGUCGGCCCCUUGAAGUCCAGUAGGCCUGGUUCUCCUAAAUAUCAGUAAACCAGGCAGUUGUUACCCAAUAAUGGAAACAAUAUUAAUAGAAAAGUGUUCCCUAGACAAAUUCAACUUAUUAAAGAUUAUAAAUGAUAUUGGGUAGUUAUGUUAAUUAAUUAACUUUUAUAAUCUGAGUAGUUGAAGAAGGUCAGUGUGAAAACUAGCAUUAAUUCUUUAUAAAUAUCUAAAUAUUUGUACGAAUUUUUUUUUAGUUCUUCUUUUAGAAAUUAACCGCACCGGCAAUUCCGACGCGCCCCGGUUCUCUCUUCGACUCAUUGUGUCAUAUUUUCUUGAUUAUGUCCUGGAGUACCACCAGCCUGUGCUAAAUGAGUUCGAAUGUCAGGAGUCUGGGAUAGGCCAAGGGACGAUAAAAUUUAGAAGAAGAGGAAAAAGGAGGAGAAGAAGAAGAAGAGGAGGAGGAGAAGGAGAAGGGAAAUAAGAAGCUGUGAGUUAAGUUAGGGCCUAGUAUUUGGUGACGUAUGGAGGAAGGUGUAAGACAUAAUUUGAUAC